AUGCCUGAGCGGAGCAACGACUACCGUGUGGUGGUGUUUGGGGCAGCCGGAGUCGGAAAGAGUUCGCUCGUUCUCAGGUUUGUCCGGGGCACUUUCCGGGAAACCUACGUGCCGACCAUCGAAGACACCUACCGCCAAGUCAUCUGCUGCGAAAAGAGCGUCUGCACCCUCCAGAUCACCGACACAACAGGUAGUCACCAAUUUCCAGCCAUGCAAAGGCUGUCCAUUUCCAAGGGUCACGCCUUCAUCCUGGUGUACUCCGUCACCAGCAAGCAGUCCCUGGAAGACCUGCUGCCCAUCUACGAGCAAAUCCGCCAGAUCAAAGGCGAUGUGCAGAAGGUCCCCAUCAUGCUGGUGGGCAACAAAACCGACGAGGACCAGAGGGAACUGCAGGCCAGCGAAGGCGAAGCUCUGGCCAACAAGUGGAACUGCUCGUUCAUGGAGACCUCUGCCAAGAACAACUCCAACGUGCAGGAGCUCUUCGAGGAGCUGCUGAACCUGGAGAAGAGGAGACCUGUGUGCCUACAGGUGGAUGGCAAGAAAGCCAAGCCGCCCACCAGAGCCGCCCGGCUGAGAGGCAAGUGCUGUCUUAUGUAA